CUUCCCUCCCCUCUGGUUUAGCUGCAGCUUCUGCAGUCAUGGCUGCUGAUGGGAUUGAUGAACGCUCCCCUCUGAUCUCCCCCACUUCUGGCAAUGUUACCCCCACUGCUCCCCCUUACACCCAGGAGAGUAACCUGCGAGCUGAAUUACCGCCUCCGUAUACAGCCAUUGCCAGCCCAGAUGCCAGCGGAGUCCCUGUUAUAAACUGCCGCGUGUGCCAGUCUCUUAUUAAUUUGGAUGGCAAGCUACAUCAGCACGUAGUGAAAUGCACAGUCUGCAAUGAAGCAACGCCAAUCAAAACUCCUCCUCCAGGGAAGAAGUAUGUUAGGUGUCCAUGUAACUGCCUUCUCAUAUGUAAGGAUUCAUCUCGGCGAAUAGGAUGUCCAAGGCCCAACUGUAGACGUAUUAUUAAUCUUGGUCCAGUGAUGCUAAUUCCCGAAGAACAGCCAGCUCAGCCUGCAAUUCCAGUUCAGCCAGAGGGUACCAGAGUAGUUUGUGGCCAUUGCGGGAAUACAUUUUUAUGGAUGGAGUUGAGGUUUAACACAUUGGCAAAGUGCCCGCAUUGCAAAAAAAUCUCCUCCGUUGGCAGUGCGCUCCCACGCAGACGCUGCUGUGCGUAUAUUACUAUGGGAAUGAUCUGUAUCUUUAUUGGGGUUGGUCUGACGGUUGGCACACAGGAUUUUGCCCGACGUUUCCACGCUACAUACGUGUCCUGGGCAGUUGCUUAUCUUUUAGGAUUAGUGUGUCUCAUCCGGGCUUGUUACUGGGGAGCCAUAAAAGUAUGAAACCUGUUUCAACAGUACUUCCAUCAGCACAGAAGAAACUCUCCUACCCGCAUGUAGGACCUGAACCAGAUUAUUGUAAGAACGUUGUUUUAAGGCGCACCGCCGUGUUUUUCGUCACUACAACAGGGAUCAACUGUAGAAAUGAGUCGAUAAUUACUCACGGGUCUUAAUUUUCUUUUUCUACUAGUAUUAAAAGCCAUUCUUCUCAAUGCGUGGAAUGUACUGAUUACAAUUUGUAUGGUUUCAUAUGGAGGAUUUUGGGGAGGGGGAGGGCGAAAUGUUUUUUUAUGUCUUCUGUGGUGGUGUUUGGACACUGGGUGGCAUUUUUACCAUUCUGGUGUGCGGGAAUCUUUACUGGUAAAUCUUGUAGAAUACAUUUCCUUUAGCUUAGGAC